AUGGACCAGAUUCCGGGCAUUCUAUACGCCGAUGAGGACUUUACCACAUGGCUGAUACUCGGCGCCAGCAGAGGCAUCGGGCUAGAGUUUGUCAGACAGCUGUUGACGAAAAAUGAGCGCAUCAUCGCUACAGUACGGGAGCCUUGGGCCGGCCAUGCCAGCGGUCUGUGGGGACAAGCGGGGAGCGAUCAUGGCCGAUGCCAAAUGUACACAUGCGACAUAUUGUCAGAGCAGAGCAUAGAGAAAUUCGUUGCGCAACUGGCCAUGAUACCGAACCUGAAGAUUGACUAUGUCGUACUAAACGCAGGAGUGCUAAGAUACCCAAACUGGCUGAAGUACUGGAAGUUAACAUUCGCCAGGUCGUUCGACGAGUUUGCCUUCCAUUUGCAUACCAACACCAUAGGGCCCAUCAUCACAGCACAGAAGUUACUGAAAACAAACAUACCAAUCGGCACCAUCGUCUUCAUGUCCAGCGAUUCAGGCUCUCAGGGUAACUUCCGUGAAAUGGAGGACGGGUUCGCUGCGUAUGCUGCCUCGAAAGCUGCACUCAACAUGGCAGUAAGACACAUGGCCGCUGAGUUGAAGAGGAAGGACGAUGAUACCAUCAUCUUGUGCAUGCACCCAGGAGAAGUCGCAACAGACAUGGCAAAUGUUCAACUGCCAUGGGAAGUCCAGGGCAUAAUCACACCAGAAGAGUCAGUGAUGAAGAUGAUCGAAGUGAUCAAGAGCAAAGGCAUACAGCACAGCGGCACUUUCUGGACUUACGAGAACAAGCCGUACAUUUGGUGACAGCUGGAUGUAUUUAUGACGGUUACGACUCUCAUAUCCGUGCAUACUCUUCGCAAAAUCUCCGCUAGGCAGUACCUAUACCCACAUACUAGAUUGUA